AAAAAACUMCAAAAUAUGUUUACGGACAAAUGGACUUUUGCUGCGCCGUCCGGAUUACCGGAAGUCCGGAMUGUCGAAGCUCUACUGCUGUACGAUAUGCGAUUUACAUUAAUCGUGUUCACCGGCAUACUCUUUCAGAACUUUAUUGUUGUCGAUCGUUAUUAUUCGGCCAAGGCGGCGKUCGACCCRGCGCAGUUCAUCAAAAUGGCAAACAUUCUGAUGUCCGAACGAACCCUGAAUGAUUCGCCCACUUGUACGCUCUUGAGUGGAUUUGUACCUACGACAAUGGGAGAAGCCGGUGAAGAAGUCCAACUGUAUGUUUACGAUUUAACUGGUGGUAUGGCCAAAUCCCUGGGCCAGUCAUUAUUACAAAAAAAUAUUGAAGGUAUUUGGCAUACCGCAAUAGUAGUAUUCGGUAAAGAGCAUUUUUUUGGCUCCAAUGGGAUAUCAGUAUGUGAUCCAGGCACCACAGCCUUGGGAAGUCCAUUACGUACCCAUAGUUUGGGGAAGACCUGUUUGCCGGAAGACGUGUUUCAAGAGUAUUUGCGUGGACUAGAACAGGAUACAUUUUCCGCAGACAAGUAUAAUUUAUUACGACACAAUUGCAAUAAUUUUAGCAACGAAAUUAGUCAGUUUUUAUGCGGGAAUAGUAUUCCUAGUUACAUUCUAGACUUACCAAAUGAAAUACUUAACACUCCUUUUGGUCAACAAUUGGCACCAAUUUUAGAGUUAUUCUCCAACAAUAUUGGUAUACAUCCAGGCGUUAGGAGAUCUGGAUCCGAUUUCGAAUCUCUUAACAACGAUAUUGACUCCGCCAGAAAACAAUCAGCGUUAUUAGAAGAAAAACGCAAUAAACUAAACGAGAAACUAGAAAAAAGAGAUAAGAGAAAGAAGAAAAAGAAGAACAAGAACAAAAACUUGAGCGAUCAGUUUUGUACCGAGUCCGAACCCAGCUCUAGUAGGAACGGCGAAAUUCGCAAAAAAAUGUCUGAAAACGGAACGAAUGGAGUAAAUGCGGAUAACGAAGUUCUCCGGCCCGCAGCUGUAGUCGACGUCAAUGAAGCGGAAGACUUGGCAAGGAAGGAGCUCGAGUUACAGCGUAAAGCUCGUGACCCACCUAUAGUGUUCCUGGAUACCAUAAACGUACAAAAUGAAUUGGAACGUUUAGUUGGUUUGAUCGAUGGCCGAAUAAAUCCGGACGACAUGCAGUAUGUCGCCGAACUCGAUCAGUACAUGUUGGAGAACGAAGGCUCUUGGGCUCUGGGCGAAGGUUUCCUAUCGUUUGUCGGUAGACUAUUAAACGACAGUCAGCUGGUUUCGGAGGUACGCGAGACAAUAUUGAAUAUUUUGGCUGCUGCCGCACUUAAAGACGAUAUAAUUUUAGUAUUGCACCAAGACAGGAGGGAACACAUACUYAUGAAUUACGCUAACGGAUUCGAUAAACUUCCUCUUCUUGAACAGCUAGCUCUCACUUUAUUUAUGUGCAAUUUGUUUGAGAACAGCAGCACUUCUGAAUGGCUUUUAUACAUAUCUGAAUGGCAGUUGGGUUCUGGUUCGGUGAGUAACAUACGCGUGACAACUAAGGUGGCAGUGAAUUCGUUACUGUCCGAAGACAAGGUUCUGCAAGACCGAGGUACAGCCUUAGUACACAAUUUGGCCUGCAAGGAGGUAAAAACAGUGGUCUGUAUUGCUUUUAAUGUAUAUGUAACUAUAAAAUUAAAAUAAGACCAUUAUUAUAUU